AUGGAGAAUACGCCGCCGGAGAAGCGUCGACGACGCCCGCCCUUGGCCUGCAUCGCCUGCCGGCGUCGCAAAGUAAGGUGCGAUCGCAAAUUGCCGUGUCAAAACUGCGUCCGCGCUCGGAGAGCCGCCUCAUGUUCCUAUGUCUCGGACGACCGUGUCGAGCCGAGAGAGGGCACAGAAGGGUUUGAAGAUGGAAUCAAUGGUCGACAUCCCCAGCGUGACGCCUUGUCGAGCGUCCCUUUCUUCACUUCCACAGCCUGCAAUUCUAACAGCUCCCCGGAGCAGCUUGCCGAAAGAGUCAAGCUGCUCGAGCAGCAGCUUGGCCAAGUCAUCAACACACAUAAUGGCAGAGGGACUGCCCGACUUGAGCUGCCUAGUGCACACUUCAAUAAUGCGAAUUUCAACCCUCCUACCGCCUCACAAUUCCUCGGACAGGAGCACUGGCAAGUCAAAGGCUUAGGCAGGGCAGAAAUUGGCGUGGCAAAAGCAAGAUACUCGCGAGGUAUCCAAGGACCAAAUCAAGAAGAAGAGGUCUCAAAUACGGAAGAGGACCCUUCUACAGCUGGCAACGUCAAUGCCAUCCUCGCGAAGUCUAGGUACCUGGGAAAUAGUCACUGGAUCCAUGGAGUAACGCUUUUCCCAAGACUUAUGUUAUUCCUUGAAUCCUUGAAGUCGGACAAGGACUCGGAAGGCUACAAGGCAGUCGCCCAAAGCAAGAUCUUAGGGCGCCAGAUCAAAGCCAUGAGAGUACCACAAAUCCUGUCUUUGGAAUUCGGAAACUAUAUACCGUCCAGAAAGCUCGCCGACGAGUUGGUAGAGACAUACCUCAGGACCUACGAAACUAUUUUUCGGGUCUUGCACAUUCCAUCUUUCAGGCUCGAGUAUGGGCGGUAUUGGCAAAAUCCAAAAGGGGCGAGACAAGCAUUCGUGAUCCAGCUUCAGCUCUGCAUGGCCAUAGGUGCAGUUCUGCAGGAUGACCAAUUUUCACUUCGGAAGCUAGCAGUGCGGUGGGUCUAUGAAGCUCGCUUCUGGUUGCUACAGCCCUCGGAGAAGUCACGAAUGAAUCUGUCAGGGCUGCAAGUAUAUUGCCUAGUUCACCUUGCCCGCGACGUAGUGGGAGUUGGAUCGGACCUAGUCUGGGCGUCAGCCGGUUCAAUGAUGAGAAUGGCCAUUUAUAUUGGCCUCCACCGUGAUCCAAGCCAUCUCCCUAAAAUGUCACUUCUCGCAGCCGAGACGCGCCGUCGAGUAUGGAACACAGUGCUUGAAAUUCUUCUACAGUCAAGUAUGGACUCGGGAGGGCCCCCGCUGAUAGCUAUGUCUGACUACGAUACCAAACCCCCGCGCAAUUACAAUGAUGAGGACCUCCUCCGAGACACUACAGACGCCGAGAUACCACAGCCUAAGCCCCUAAACACAUUCACCGACACUUCAGUGCAGAUUGGGCUGGCGAGAACAUUCAAGGUACGCGUCGAAAUCGCAUCAUAUCUCAACGAUUUCCGAUCUGUGACGAGCUACGACAAGUCGCUAGCCAUCAACUCCGAGCUUACGGCGGCGUCUCGAUCUCUCGACGCACUUCUGCGUGCCUACAAAACCCAAGACCCUGGUCCCUCUCAAUUCCAGCUCCGGGCGGUCGAGCACCUAAUCCAGAGGUAUUUUCUGGCUAUCCACCUACCUUGGCUCGGACUCGCGAAAGAUGAUCCUCGUUACUUUUUCAGCAGAAGACUUUGUGUCGAGGCUGGUCUGAGGCACCACCGGGUGGCCAAGACGUAUAAGCCGGAUGACCCGUCAGAAAGGCAUUCUCAGCCAGACGACUUUGGGCGGCUGCUUAUUUGUGGGUCAGGGUCGGUACGGUUUAUUGGUACACAAUGCCUCCUCGCAGCAACACUCGAAUUUGUAUGGGAACUUGAUGAGCGGCUAGAGGGGGCCCGAAGUCUAGAUUUCAAUACCACGGGAAGCAACUCAACGCCAUCCAUAACUAGUAAUUCCGGAGUAGGGAUGGGUUAUAUGGGCCCUAUGGUUGACGAGAGUGAGAUGCUUGAUGUGCUUCGAUAUACGGUGACGUGGAUGAGAGCACGCAUCAAGGCUGGCGAGGUCAAUGUCAAGGGAUUCCUGUUCGCAACAGCUGUGCUGGCUGAAGCCGAAGGACUCACCAAUGAUUCAAGCGAGGAAGAACUCAAAGAUGUUGUUCGGCAGGCUUGUUUGAAGUCAGCGAGGGAGGCGCUCGAUCUUCUCAAAGAAAUGCACACCGCGCUGAGCACUGACAACUCUACCUUCGGUGUGGCUGAGGCGAACAUGAGCGCAUCAAUGAAUACGGAGGCGUUUGGACCGCAAGUCUCGGGCAAUGAGGAUGCCUUCAAUGGUAUGGAAGAUGUUGAACUGAGCAGCGACUGGGACUGGGAUAUUACCGGCGAGAGGCACGCAGAGCAGGUUCGAAAUGGUCAUUACGGCCACUAA